UUUCCAGGUGGUUCGUGGCUACAGACAUGACAAGAAAUAAGGCACGUAAGGUAUUCCCAUGUUUCGACGAGUUAUCAUACAAAGCCCCAUUUGAUAUAAGCAUUGGACGCCCAGAAAGGAUGAGAUCACUUUCGAAUAUGGCACUUCGUAAGAGCGAGAAGAUGUUGUAUCAGUCCGGUUGGGUGUGGGACACUUUUGAGACGACACCACCCAUGUCAACAUUUUCAGUGAAUAUUUUUAUCUUUGAUCCUGACGUAAUUGUGCCACUUGAGCCGAGACGUGACCUUGGUUCCACAACUCUACACAUGUAUGCACCAGUAGAUUUGAGGGAUGAUAUGCAAAAGGUAGGCGACAAAAUUUUGCAAACUGUGAAGAAAAUUGAGACAUAUCUUCAGAUGAAGUAUCCAUUGCCUGACUUGCAAAUUGUUGUUUCACCUGGAAUAUGGUCUAGUCAUGAAGGUUUUGGACUUUCUGUGUUCAGUGACGAUGUAAAAAGUUACUCAUGGCCACUCAGUUUAUUAAAGUACAUGGGUGAUCAGUGGCUGGUUCAUCUCACUACUCCACAUUCAUGGUCAGAGGCAUCAUUUGGAAACAGCCUUAGCUAUUAUGUCUCAUACAUUGGAUACACUGCAGCACUUGCAGACACAAGAGCUAUUCAGUCACUUAACUGGGGAAUAAUUUAUAGUGUGUUGGCAAGAUCUAGUAGUCCACAUCUCUCUUCAAUAGGUACGACUGUACUUCGAAUGUUGAACUGUACACUUGGUGAGAAUAUUGUCAGAUCAGCAUUUGACAGCUUUCUACAUGACAGAUUAUACGAGACAUUUGCAUCAGAUGACAUGGUUUUGGCUAUUGAAGAUCAAGCGCAAAGGCACUCAGCUCUUCCUCCUGGAGUGACUGUGUCAAAGAUAGUUAGCUCGUGGAUGAAAACUCAGCAACUUCCAGUAGUCACUGUGAUAAGAAACUAUCAUACAAGGACGGCAUAUGUUGAACAGCAUGCAUUUACUCGAAAUAAAUCAGAUGGAUCAUCUGAGAGGAGAGGAGAUCUGUGGUACGUGCCACUUGUGCUUCUCAGAAGUGACCAGAGAGAAGGAAGAUUGUUGGACCAAGUGCUCUGGAUGAAAAAAGAAGAAAAAAUUACUUUAGAAAACAUGCCACCAUCCGACAGUUUCAUUCUUGUUGACCCAGAUAUCAUAGGUCUCUUUGUUGUUAACUAUGAUCCAGCGAACUGGAGACUCAUCCUCCAACAUCUAAAGACUAAGGGUUCUUCCAUAACAUUAUCUGCAACAACACGUGCAAAGUUACUAACAGAUGCAGGACUUCUUGCAGAUGCAGGGGAUCUGUCAUAUGAUGUCCCCUUUGAUCUAAGUCUUAUGUUGUCAGAUGAGAAUGAUGUUGAACCAUUCUAUGCUUUCAAUGGAUUUUUUCAAAAUAUUCGUAACAAAUUGCGAUAUACAAGAAUAAGGACUCUCUUAAAGGAAUAUAUAUGGAAGCUUUUUUCUCCUCUUUAUGAACAAUAUGGAGGUUUCAAUGAGGAACUCAUGCACAAUGAAAUGACUCCACAAGGAAUUGUGAUGACAGUAAUGUGCCGUUAUGGAGCAGAAGAUUGUACAGAAGCCCUUGCUGCCAAGUAUAAGCCAGGCACUUAUACACAUGAGGACUGUAUUGUUUUGCAGUGGGGUGAGCAUUACAUUUGGGAGGAAACAUUGGUUAAGAUUCUUGGUCACAAUGAAACUGAUUUAGAUGCACUGAAAUAUUUUGCUUCUUGUACCCAGCAAGAGGAGAGAAUAGACAAAUUGCUGGAUGCUGUUGUGCUGAAUAACUCACUGUGUGAUGAGGACAUGCUAGAUGUAAUCAACAUGAUUGGUGAUCCCUAUCUGUUGUUCAACUUUAUGUCAUACAAUUGGUCUGAAAUUAAAGAGAAGUACGAGCAUAAACCAGACAUACUUGGAAAGCUUGUCAGUAAAAUUACGUCAAAGUUCAUUACAUCUGAUGGAUAUGAUCUCGUUUCAGACUUCUAUGCGGCUCGUCAGCGUGACACACCAUCUCUGCUGCCAGUUUUGAGAAACACUAUGCAGGCCAUCAAGGAACACACAAAGUGGACUGAUCGCAGUGUCUCACAGAUUGAAUCAUGGAUAAAUCAAUAUCUCAGUGAAUACUAAGUGCAGACAUCUCUGGACUCUUCACAUUUUAGUUUCACUCCUGAAACAAAUACAUAUCAAAAUAUUUCCAGUAAAUGUGUACUAUCAAUAAAAAUUUUCUUUCCAUGUUUUAUGUUUCAUGUGAGAAAUUGCAGUUUUUUGAAGUGUCUUGUAUUUGCUUCUACUGUAGACAGUACUGUAGUACAUUUACAAGUCUAGUUGAUUUGUAUGACUGUAUGAUGAAGUGUAAUCAAAUGGUAUCUCUGUAUUGAAAUUUGGGUAUCAUAAAUCCUGUAUUUGUUCCUUCCACUAAGAAUUAGUGUAAUGCAGAAAAUCUGUCUGCGGGUUUGAUAUCUUUAUGUAUUAGUCGGCAUGUCUAUAUUAACAUGUGUUUUUAGAGAUAAGUUGUGUUAACAGAAACUUGGAAGAGAUAAGUAGUUGAUCUACAUACACAUGUGCAAGAAUAACAGUGGAAACUAAAAUUAAUAAAUACAUAUGUCACUAGAAAAAAAUCU